GCCUGCGCCUGAAGCUGUGCACGCACAGGAACUACAACUGGUACCUUGGAGAGCGACCGGCAAGCGGACUGCGGGAAAUUUUCAGGGCUUUGCCUCCAUUUACCCUCAGGCGCUCAGCAAGCUGCUUCUCCUCGAUCUGACUGCUGAGAACUCUGUUGUUUCCUAAAAGGAGAAGGAAAUGGUCCCUAUGGGCCCCCCAACCAGCUUUCAGGAGUCGGUGACCUUCAAGGAUGUGGCUGUGGAGUUCACCUGGGAGGAGUGGAAGCACCUGGAUCCCGCUCAGAGGAACUUGUUCAGGGAUGUGAUGCUGGAGAAUUACAGGAACCUUGUUUCCCUGGGACUUGCUGCUAAAAAGCCAGGUAUCGUCUCCCAUUUGGAGAGAGGAGAAGCACCAUGGAUUCCAAAGAGAGCCCGCCCAAGAGGCCCCUUUCCAGGAUCAUUGAGACUAUUCCCUCCCUGGUAUUAUCCUCUCUCUUACUCUCCUCCUACCUAUCCCCAAUUGUUACCUUGUUGGAUCUGAUGAGUUUCUCCACCAAAGUGUGUACCUGUGACAUCAACCCUUCGUUAUCCAUUUCAGAGUGCCUUAAUCAUGAGAGUAGCUGUGAUACAACAGAGGGAAUUUCAAAACAGGACAUUUUGGCAAGAGAGCCAUCCAAUGCAAGGUUUGAGCUAUUAAAAGCCAAGCAACAGAAGAGCAACCAUGAAAAACAAGUGACAGUCACCCUCAAGAAAACAUCUACUAAAUCUGUUGCCAAGGAAGGUAAUAUGUUAGAGAAAGAAGUCCAUGUGGGAUCAAACUCAUUUCCAAAACAAAGGAUUCAUACAAAGAAAAAUCUACAUAAACAUAAUAAACAUGGAAAGAACUUCACACAUUUCUCAGAUGAAAGUAAACAAGAUAGAAUCUUUUCUAAGAAGAAACUCUGCAAUUAUAAUAAAUGCAGUAAGUCAUUCCAUUACCAUUCACACCUUAUGCAGCAUUAUAGAAAAUAUACUGAAGAAAAAGCACAUGAGCAUGGGAAAAUCACCAGCAAUAGGUUAUCCCUUACAAAUUGUCUAACAAUUCAUGCUACAGAGAAAUUUUUUAAGUGUACUGAAUGUGGGAAAGCCUUCAGUUGCAAAUCUAGUCAUAUUCUAUAUCAGAGAAUUCAUUCUGGAGAGGACUCCUUUGUAUGUAAGGAAUGUGUGAAAUCCUCUAGAAGGAGUAGAUCCCUUACUAAACCUAAAAGACUUCAUAUCGAAGAGAAACGCUUUGAGUGUAGUGAAUGUAGAAAAUCCUUCCGUCAUUACAGAAAUCUUGACAAGCAUAAAAGAAUUCACACUGGAGAAAAAACCUUUGAAAGCACUGAACGUGGAAAAUACUUCAACCAUUGUAGAAAGCUUGACAUACAUAAAAGAGUUCAUACUGGAAAGAAACCCUUUGAAUGUGGUGAAUGUGGGAAAUUCUUCAGUUAUUACAGAAGCCUUCACAGACACAAGAAAAUUCAUACUAGAGAGAAAAACUUUGAAUGCAUUGAGUGUGGAAAAUACUUUAGUCAUUGUAGAAAUCUUGACAGACAUAAAAGAAUUCAUACUGGAGAGAAACCCUUUAAAUGUAGUGAAUGUGAGAAAUCUUUUAGCUAUAGAACUCUGCUGACACAUCAUUACAGAAUUCAUACUGGAGAGAAACCCUUUAAAUGUAAUGAAUGUGGGAAAUCCUUUAGAGGACGUGGACAUCUUAAUAGACAUAAGGUAAUUCAUACUGGUGAGAAAUCUUUUGAAUGUAAUGAAUGUGGAGAAUCCUUUAGAAGGAGUGAAUCCCUUAAUAAUCAUAAAAGAAUUCAUACUGGAGAAAAACCAUUUAAAUGUAAUGAAUGUGGAGAAUCCUUUAGAAGGAAUGAAUACCUUACAAAACAUAAUAGAAUUCAUACUGGAGAGAAACCCUUUAAAUGUAAAGACUGUGGAAGAUAUUUUAGAAGAAGUGAAUCCCUUACUAAACACAAGAGAAUUCAUACUGGAGAGAAACCUUUUAAAUGUGAUGACUGUGGAAAAUACUUUAGAAGGAGUGACUCUCUUACUACACAUAAAAGAAUUCAUACCGGAGAGAAACCUUUUAAAUGCGAUGAAUGUGGGAAAUCCUUUAAACAAUAUGGAAAUCUUAGCAGCCAUAAAAGAAUUCACAGUGGAGAGAAGCCUUUUGAAUGUAGUGAAUGUGGAAAGUCUUUUCGUCAGUGUGGAGACCUUACUAAACAUAAGAAAUUUCAUACUGAAGAGAAAUCAUUUAAAUGUACUGAAUGUGAGAAGUCUUUUCACCAUUGUGAAGACCUUGAUGGACAUAAAAGAAUACAUGCUGGAGAAAAACUUUUUGAAUGCAAUGAAUGUGGAAAAACUUUUAGAAGGAUUGUAUCUCUUUCUAGACAUAAGAGAAUACAUACUGGAUAGAAAUCUUUUGGGAUGUGAUGAUUGUAGGAAAUCUUAUAAAUGAGUAUCUUUGAUAAAGAUGUGAUAUAAAAAGUUUAUAAAGAAUUGACACAUAGAAA